AUGCCUCUAAAGCCUUUAAGCAUAUUAACAAAAGGUGUCUUUAAAGGAAGAUGGAACCUCACAAGCCUUCUGGUUGUUGUAGUCUUUCUUCAAGUGUAUCUUCUUUUCCAAAAUUUUGAAACCUUCAGAUAUAUUGAGUUGCAUGGAUCAGAUAACAGCCAUGGAUACUUUCCAGAAUCUGACGUUCGACCCAAUGCAGUAAAAUUAAUGGCCCAAGAUCCAUGCCAACCAACAAACCAUCGACUGUUUCCUCUUUGCAAAGAAAAAUUCAUUUACAUGAAGAUGGCAUACCAACUACCUUGCUUCAAAAACAAACAUGACAUUGAUGGGUCUGACUGCUCAGUAAUGAGAUACCUAACAGAGGUAGAGCCAUUCUGUGUUAAGGCUAAACCAGUUCCAAAAAUAUCUAGCUUUAAGGCGGAUUUUCGGGACGAUCUUGAUGGUCUCCUUAAGAUUCUAUCUUUGGAUUUCUUUGAUUGGAUCAAACAACGCACAAGGCACAUCUGGCCACAAGUAGUUGAAGCAUCCAGAUCUCUAAAGGAGCAAAAACAUUUUCAGAAUAGAAGAAAGAAGAAGAUUUUCUUCUUUCUUGGUUCUAUUGGAUUUCAACUUAAUAUUUUGAAACUGGCUGGUCGCGGAGGUUUUGUAGGUGAACUGGUACAAUGGACCGAUUUGAUGGCGACUUCAUAUGCACUCGGACAUGACAUCACCGUUGCCAUGUAUGAAAAGGAUCUAAACAAGUUUUUACCUAAAGAUGACGAAGGCUGCGCCUCAAAAGAUGCGGCAAAGCACGAUGAAUUUGACUUGAUAUUUUCUGAUGUGAACGGUGUUCUCAUGAUGCAUAGAUACGCUACCAGCAAUUACGCAAGACUUCGAUGUAAAAUUCGACUUCUGGACUCGUUCGGCACCGAAGCAGAAUUCAACUAUGGCGGUUAUGAUCAGCCUAUCCUUGGAGGGCCUAGCAUGUGGGGAAGGCUGGACUUGCAGCUGCAACAAUUUCUAACCUAUUUCCCUCACAGUCCUGACAACACGUUUCUUGGAUUCAUUGCUGGCAGUGUUAAAGAAAAGAAACUAUUCAAAAAGAAUCAAGCAUUGAUUUAUGGAAAGCUAGCUAUGUAUUUAGAUUUUGUAGAUCAUAAAUAUUUGGAUACAAUAAAAGACUAUUUUGAAGUUCAUUCUACCUUUGCAAAAAAGAAAGAUGAUGGUCCUUUACCAAGUUACAUUGUCAAUCAUGGUGUUGUGAAAUCUGACGAAUUAAAGAAGAUAUUAGAAGAGACAAAGCUAUUUAUUGGUUUGGGGUUUCCAUUUGAAGGCCCUGGCGCUCUAGAGGCAGUUGCAAACGGGGCUGUUUUCCUUAAUCCAAAGUUUAGUCCAGCAAAAAACAAACUAAAUGAUGUUUUCUUCAAGGAAAAGCCAACCUUAAGAAAGGUUACGUCACAAAAUCCUUACAUGGAAGAUUUUAUUGGCGAGCCUUAUGUCUUCACAGUUGAUCCAAAAAAUAUCACAUCGUUGGUCGAAUUUCUCAAAAAUUUGAAAAAAUCCAAUAGCUUCAAACAAUAUUUACCUAGAGAGUUCACCGCCGUCGGCAUGAUGGAAAGAGUACACGCUCUUAUUCAACACCAGGAUUUCUGUGACCCAAAUGCUCCAAGAUGGCCUCCAAUUAGAAAUUUGGAAGUGUACUUGGCUCCAAGAGGCGUAUCCUGCAAAAAUCUCUGUAGAAAAAAAGGGAAGAUAUGUGAGCCUUCAUAUUUCUCAGAUAUCAAUGUGAUUCAAACAUUUGAAAGUGCUGGUUUAAAGUGCAAGAAGACGAAAGCAGAGAAGCGAAUAUACCAUCCUUCAUAUAAUGCUUUAACUGGCACGUGUUUUACACAGGAGCAUUUUUUGUACUUUAGUUGUGUUGCUGAGAACGCCUUUGUCAACAGGCUAUGCCCUUGUAGGAACUUUGUCAAGGGCCAAACAGCUCUUUGUGAUAGGUGUUUAUAGUACGGUUUUUAUUUGAGAUUGUAGCUGGGGUAAACAAAUUCACGUACUGGUAUUAUUUUUAUCUGUAAAAUUUUAAACGCAUAGUUAU